AAUCCCAUUUUCUACCUCUCGAAAGAAUGGAGAUGCAGUAUUCAGUUAACGAUAUCGCAGCAGCGAGGAGCUUACAGACGUACACGUACAUAUAUGCGUCGAUGGCUACAUUCUGGACUUACGAUUAUGCUUGUUCACUUCAUCAGGAGUGGUCAUUCCUACUCCGGUCACGCUGGUCCAAGGUAAAAGGUCUUUAUGUUGUUGCACGAUACGUGCCUUUUCUCCUCUUCACCGGACAUCUAUAUCUGAACUCCAUCUCGAUCAAGAACUCCGAAGCAUGCGAGACAUUGAACGCUAUUUGCUCAUGUUUUAGCCUAAUAUCAGUCACUUGCUCUGAAUGCUUUUUCGUGCUCAGAACAUGUGCACUCUGGAAUCACAAUAGAUUCGUAGCCACAACGACGCUUGUCGCCUUUCUCGCUGUCAUCUUAGCAUCCGUCAGCAUUUACUUCACCAAUAUUGCCACCGCACCAUUUGCGACCAGCGCGAUACCGGGCAUCACAGGCUGCUACCAGAGCUCGAACAGUAUCCAGCUCUCUUUACCAUUUCUUCUCUUGCUUGCGCUUGGACUUGGACUCAUGACCCUCACACUCGUACGCGCCAUACAGAGCAGGCGGACGGCCAACGGCCAUAUGUACGCCGUCCUGGUGCAUCAUAAUGUCUUUUACUAUGCAUGUGGCGUGUGUGAGUGAAGACAUGCACACAUCGUCAGGCAUUUUCAGUGAUUCUUGUUUCGGAAGCUUUCUCCAUGGUGAACGUCCUCACGUCGCUGCUCCUCCAUUACGAAUAUUACGCCAUGUUUCAAGAUUUCCAGUUCGUUGUCCUCGCGAUCCUCGCCACGCGCAUGCACCUCCAUCUCUGGCAUAUCGACCGGCACCUGCACGGCACUGAAGGCCUCGCGUUUAUUCCC